AUGAAGAUCUAUUACAUCGGCAUCUUGAAGGUCAAAGACUCCGUGGUGGAGCUUGCAGCUGCUAGAGAUCUUUCUCAGUUUUCUUUCUUUGAAAGAUCAUCUGUUUCUCAGUUCAUGACUUUCUUUUCUGAGACUGUUUCCCAAAGAACCCAAGCUGGUCAGAGACAAAGUAUCGAAGAAGGCAACUAUGUCGGCCACACUUAUACGAGACUGGAGGGCUUGUCUUGCGUUGUUAUUACUGACAAGGAGUACCCAGUUCGCCCUGCUUACACAUUGAUUAAUAAGAUUUUGGAGGAGUACCUCUCGUUGCAUCCCGCCAAAGAAUGGAGCACGGUCACCGAACCAAACCUGGCAUUUGCCUUUGACAAGUUGGACACCUACAUCAAGAAGUACCAAGACCCAUCUCAGGCUGACUCCAUCAUGAAGGUCCAGCAGGAGUUGGAUGAAACCAAGAUUGUUUUGCACAAGACCAUCGAGUCAGUCUUGCAAAGAGGCGAGAAGUUAGACACUUUGGUUGACAAGAGUGAAGCACUUUCAUCCUCAUCAAGAAUGUUUUACAAGCAAGCCAAGAAGACUAACUCUUGCUGCGUGAUUGUUUAG